CAUCAUAAUAUUUACCUUUGAGUUAGCCUCAGAUCUGAUGGUCCUCGCUUCACCUUAUAGAAUUGGGUUAUCAUACAAAUUUAAGUAAACUUUUUUUUCCUUUUAGAAGUAGGGAUAUAGAGAGAGAGAUAAAACAGCCAAAGCCCCUCCCUAUACACGGCUGAGUAAGAGAGAGAUAGAAAGAGCAGUGGCUGCAGAGCUUAUCUCCGCCAAGUGUAUUUUACUCUAGAAUCAAAGAGAAAAAAGAAAAAGAAAGCUUAAUGGGGGAGGAAGAAAAGAAGCCAGCAGCAGAAGAGAAGAAACCAGAGGAGCAAAAACCAGAGGAAACAAAAAAAGCAGCAGAAGGAGACAAAGCUGAAAAGAAGGAAGAAGAAAAACCUGCUGCUGCUGAUAAACCACCAGCUGGGGAAGAAAAGAAAGAAGACAAGAAGCCAGAUGAAGCAAAAGAAUCCAAAGAUGAAUCACCUCCACCUCCUCAAGAAAUUAUUAUGAAAGUCUAUAUGCAUUGCGAGGGUUGUGCUCGCAAGGUUCGCCGUUGUCUAAAGGGCUUUGAUGGUGUUGAAGAUGUAAUAACCGACUGCAAGAGUAGUAAGGUUGUUGUGAAGGGAGAGAAGGCGGAUCCACUUCAGGUUUUAGCUAGAGUACAAAGGAAGAGCCAUAGGCAGGUUGAGCUCAUCUCUCCAAUCCCGAAACCACCGUCUGAGGAGGAGAAGAAGGCGGCUGAAGAGAAAGAGAAACCCAAACCUGAAGAGAAGAAAGAAGAGCCCCCGGUGAUAAUAGUGGUGCUAAAGGUUUACAUGCAUUGUGAAGCCUGUGCAAUGGAAAUCAAGAAACGGAUACAAAGAAUGAAAGGUGUGGAAUCAGCUGACCCAGAUCUAAAAAGCUCAGAAGUAACUGUGAAAGGAGUGUUUGAUCCUCAAAAACUAGUAGAGUACGUGCGCAAGAGAACAGGAAAGCAUGCGCUGAUAGUAAAGCAAGAACCAGCAGAGAAAAAGGGUGAAGGAGAGGAAAAAGGUAAAGAAUCAAAAGAAGAGAAAAAAGAAGCAGCAGCAGCAGGAGCACCGGAUCAAGAAGGUGACAAAGAAAAGAAAGGUGGCGAACAAGAAGAUAACAAAGAAAAGAAAGAAGGCGGCGGCGGCGGUGAUCAAGGUGAAGCCAAACCAGAAGAAGCACAAACGGAAGAGACCAAAGUUAUUGAACUGAAAAAGAACGAGUAUUACUAUUACCCACCAAGGUAUGCGAUGGAGUUGUAUGCUUACCCUCCUCAGAUCUUUAGUGACGAGAACCCCAAUGCAUGUUCUGUUAUGUAAAAAUAUAAGGAAAUCGGGGGCAAAGCUGCGAUUUGGGGUUAAAAAAAUUGGGUCGUAAUCUGCCCAUCAUCAGUCCUGCUCUUUCUUUCUCAAAUACAUGUGCGCCCUUUUGUACUUCUUGGUGAAAGUUAUAAUCUACAGAUAAGCUGUAGAAUUUUGUGAAUCUUGUACUGUUUUUUUUUUUCUUUUUAUUAUUUCUUUUAAAAACUUUCCCAACUUUUGAUAUAUAUAAAUAAAUAAUAUAGUAGCAUAUUAAAAUUCUGAAA